AAAAUACUCCAAGGAUCUUUGUUUUAUUAAACUAAUCUCUUUUAUUCUCUAUGUAUCAUACAAAAAAGAAUAAAACAAUAUUUUGGCUUGUAAUAAAUGCCAAUGACAUGAAGAAAGUCUGUGUAAUUGUUUGUCGUAUGAGAAAAGUAUGUGAUGUUACAGGUUGUAGAUAAACAAGAAGUUAACAAUAUGGACAACGAUAAUGUGUUUGUAGCCAAUGAAGAAGACGCCCACACACACACCCUUUUAAAUAUUGUUGUUGUAUUUAAAACACUCAAAAUUGAUGCAAGACAGAUCAAAUCACAUCCACAACUGUAUUCUUGAAGAGCGGCAAAUGAAAUCAAAAUUAUUGAUUAUGAUAAUAUUCAAAAAAUAUCGUUAAUCUUUUUCUAACACCAAGAUUUUCUUUAAUUUAUGACCAAUUAAAACAAUUAAAUAAGAAAAUUGAUCAACGUUUCGUUGAUAGAAUACCAAAAAUUGUAUUUUCUCAAAAAACUAAUACAGUAUUUACCGUCUCAACAACUGGUUUUGAUGAUCAUCAUAAAACAUUUAAAGAUAUUUUAAAACGAUUAGUUGAUUUAUAUAACACAAGCUUAUUAAAACAAAAGUCGAUUGAAUAUUCAAAUCAAUUUAAUGUCGCUAUUGAAAAAUUCAUUUUUGAACUAAGUGAAAAACUAAUUCAAGAUAAAUCCUUAUCAUCAUGGAAUCAAAUACAAAACUAUACAGAACAAUUUAUAAAAGACAACAUCUUUGAAAAUCAAAUUGAACAACUUAAACACCAAGCACUCGAACAAUUUAUUACAUAA